AUGUCACUAAAUAUCUCAUCAGCCGAGGAGCUGAGUCAAGGAGCCGAGGUUAAUAAGGAUGAUAAUGAGGGUUGGACUGCAUUACAACUAGCUGCACAAAAUGGUCAUCUUAAUGUCACCAACUACCUGAUCAGUCAAGGAGCUGCAGUCAAUGAGAGCAGCAAUGGUGGUUCGACCCCAUUACAACUAGCCGCACAGAAUGGUCAUCUUGAUGUCACCGAAUGUCUGUUAAGUCAAGGGGCUGAAGUGAAUAAAGAUAAUAGGGGUUUUACCCCAUUACAUCUUGCUGCACUGAAUGCUCACCUUGAUGUCGCUAAAUAUCUCAUCAGUCGAGGAGCCGAGGUGAAUAAGGGCGGAAAUCUUAAUGUGACCCCGCUACGUUUAGCUGCACAGAAGAAUCAUCUUGAUGUCACCAAAUUUCCGAUAAGUCGAGGAGCUGAGGUGAAUAAAGAUGAUAAUGAUGGCUCGACCCCAUUACAACUAGCCGCACAGAAAGCUGCAUUUAGUGGUCAUCUUGAAGUCACCAACUACCUGAUCAGUCAAGGAGCUGCAGUCAAUGAGAGCAGCAAUGAUGGUUCGACCCCAUUACAACUAGCUGCACAGAAUGGUCAUCUUGAUGUCACUAAAUGUCUGAUAAGUCAGGGAGCUGCAGUCAAUGAGAGCAGCAAUGAUGGUAGGACCCCAUUACAACUAGCCGCACAGAAUGGUCAUCUUGAUGUCACGAAAGACCUAAUCAGUCAAUGUGCUGACUUUGAAAAGACCGAUUAUGAUGGUUGGACUGCAUUACAUUCAGCUGCUAAUGAAGGACAUCUUGAUGUUGUCACAGAAUUAAUCAGUCAAGGUGCUGAUGUUGAUAAGGCUAAUGACAAAGGAUGGUCAGCCUUAUACCUUGCCGCAGCUGCUGGUCAUGUUCGUGUUUCAAGUGCUUUGCUUAGUCAGCAAGCUGAACUGGCCGAAGCAAAUAUAAUUCAUUGGACGGAGUUUCAUACCGCUGCAGAGAGAGGCGAUCUUGAUGCCAUGAAAGAUCAAGUAAGACAAGGAGCCGAGCUAGAUAAAGCUGGUUCUUUUGGUUGGACAGCCUUACACAUCUCAGCAAGUAAUGGACACCUUGGUAUGACAAAAUAUUUGCUAAGUCAAGGAGCUGAUGUGAAUUCUAGCAAUGCCUUUGGUAGGUGUGCCUUGCAUAGUGCCUCAGAGAAAGGCAACUUGGAUCUCGUGGAAUAUCUGAUUAGUGAAGGGGCCGAUAUGAAUACAGGAAAUGACUUUGGGGUGACUGCCCUACAUUUUGCAUCAGAGUCUGGCCAUUUAGAUAUCGUCGAAUCCCUAAUCGGUCAUGGAGUUGAGGCAGAUACUUGCGACGCAGAUGGAAUCACUGCUCUCCAUUAUGCUUUAUAUGCCGGUGAGAUCGACAUUACGAAGUAUCUGCUCAGCCAAGGCUCUGAAUUGAAUAAAAGAAGUGUGCGUGACUCUGUCAUCUUACAGUUUGAUGGACAGUAUGGUCACUAUGAUGUUGUGCGAUGUGUGCACAGUCGAGUCGAUCGUGUAGUAAGCAGACUCGUUAAUUCUCUCACUGUCUUUAGAGGUGCCCUAGAAAGUGAUCUUGGUAGAAGCAAAUAUCGAGAUGGCGACGAGGAUAACACAGUUCAAGGUGGGAUUGUUAUUGUGCAUAUGCCACUAAGAUCGUCUGAUCUUGACAUUCAAGAUCUUCUUGUAAGUCAAGGAGGCAGAACAGUUGGUCGCACGUCAUUACAAUAUGCUACAGAGGGUGGCUGUCUUGCAGUUGUUCGGUAUCUGAUUAGCCAAGGAGCUGAUGUGAAUGAAAGCAACAAUGCUGGCUGGACGGCUCUUCACUUUGCUGCGCAAGUGGGUCAUCUUCAUAUUGUAGAUUAUCUACUUGGACAAGGAGCUGAAGUAUCUAAAGGGGGUGUUGAUGGUAUCUCUCCUUUACAUGUUGCUGCAUUUAUUGGCUGUUAUGACGUUACUGAGCAUUUGCUUAGGCAAGGAGCAAAGGUCAACGAAGUCACCAAAGAGAAAGGUUCAACAGCCCUACAUGUCGGAGUGCAGAACGGGCAUCUUGAUAUCACAAAAUGUUUGCUCAACCACGAAGCCGAAAUUGAUGCGACAGACAAUGACGGUUGGACUUCCUUGCACAUCGCUGCUCAGAACGGUUACAUCGAUGUCAUGGAGUGUCUACUACAGCAACUUGCAGAUGUAAGCAAGGUUACCAAGAAGGGAUCAUCUGCAUUGCAUUUGUCUGCUGCAAAUGGACAUACCCAUGUCACAAGAUAUCUUUUGGAGCAUGGAGCUGAAGUGAAUCUGAGUAAACCUGAUCAGACUGCGUUGCACGUCGCUGCAGAACAAGACCAAGUUCUUGGACAACAUGCUGAAAAAGGCUGCACAGCAGUUCAUUUAGCCACGCAAAAUGGCUACACCUCCAUCAUCGAGAUAUUAGUUUCUCAUGGCGCUGAUCUCAACCUCCAGUCCAUAGACGGACAGACCUGUCUUCAUGAAGCCAUCAGACUUUCCGGUCGGAAGGACAGCAAAGUUGAAGCAACACCAGCACUCAAAAAGAUCUCAGAAGACUUCUAUCAGAAUGAAUUGUCUCCAAGGAAGGCCCUUGUCUUAUAUCUCUUGGACCACGGAGCAAAGCCGGACAUCAAGGAUAACCAAGGCAACCUACCAGUCCACUAUGCCAAGGAUGAAAUCAUUCGCCAUAUGAUAUUCUCAAGAGCUUAUCGAGCUGAAGAAUCGGCACCACCAGUGGUCAACGCCGUCUCUGCAAAGGUUGGAUAUGAGGGUAAAGAGCUCAAACUAGAACACCAUGGCAUUUCAAUGGCUAUUCCACCUGGGUCUGUGGGACAGAACGAUUCUUGCAAGAUCACUCUCACCCUUGUGAGAGACCUCCCCAGUAUUGUCAUCCAAGAUGACACACCAAUGGCAGCCUACGGGAUCAGAUGUGACCCUCCAAAUAUGGACUUCCACCGACCUGUUAAGAUCAGGAUACCACAUUUCACCUUGGUCACCAACCCGGGGCAAGUGAUACCAGACAUCGUCUCCCAUAUUUGGGAUACAAGAAAGGGUUUACCAAUAGUUUCGAGGACAAAAUCAUCUGCUGCACCUGACAGAUGGCCGUACUGCAAAGUCCUGGAGAAACAUCUUGAGCUGCAGAUCGAUCACUGUGCCGAGUGGUGGGUUCUUAUCCCUCUUGAGCAACAGAUCAUCCAGCUUCGAUUCGUGUGUACCCCAUUUGUACCAGACAAGAUUGAACGAGGCAAAGAGUUUGAUGUUCAUCUCCACCUGAAUGCAGAUAUCCCGGGCAUAGAAAUGGAGGUUCAAACGGAGGAGAAGCAGAAGUCCUACCAUAAUGCCCAUCGCUCCUUUCCGAUCUCUAUCGAAGCUAAAUCCGGUGACAUUUCAGUGGCUUGUGAAGGCAAGAUGAGCAACACUAAGCUACUUUAUUUGAAGGAUAUCCAGAACCAAAUGCGACACAGCGUAUUGCUAUCAAUGACCCCUGGCGAGGAUGAUGCAGAAUUCUCAGUCAUUUACGUGACGAUAUCACAAGCUGGAAGACUAGGCCAGAGGUCUCAAUCGUUGGCGUUCGUCAUCAGAUACACAGUCCAGAAGGCUGUGGAGGAGCUCUCCGGCAGUGACCUUGCCGACACUGAUGUCAUCACGAUAUCCCAGAUGAUGACGGUGAACCAGUACUAUGAUUUGGGAGUGGCUCUUGGUUUCACCAUACAACAGUUGAAUUCCAUAGAGUACAGGAGAUUCAGAGACAGACAGCAGGCCAUCCAAGACAUGCUGGUGACAUGGAGAAAGAGACAGACCUCCGGCCAAGAAGCGAAGGAAACACUUCGCUCACUCAUGAAAUCUUUGGACUCGCCAGCCGAACAGAGGGAGAUAUCAGGUUAG